UCAUGUCACACUGGCGACAAGAAGACUGCGUCGCAGUAGCUACAGACGUUGUCAAUAAAUAUGCCAAAUCUACCACAUCGAGCAAGAUCGGUCUGCUGAUGGAUUAAGGUAAAUUGAUACCGUCUGUGAUUUACGCGACGAUAUUGUUCAGUUACAAUGGUUAUUUAAGUUUUGUAGCUAGAAAAAUUAAAAACGCUAUUGUGGCUACGAUGGCUAGCGUUAGUAGUAGCUAGCUAACGUAACUGCCGCCGUUAGCGUGCUGGCUGUCUUCCCGGGUUAGCGCAAAUGGAGUAACUAGCUAAGUAAUUUACAGUAAACAGCUGGUUUGCAUGGCUGGCUACAGUAGUGUCUGUUUUGUUCACAAAUCCGGAAUUGGGCGGUCUGAAUUGAAACCGGACAGAGCAAUAGUAACAGUAGUGGCGUCUUUUUGUGUUCACUAACUCUGCCAAGGCUCGACGUUGGUCAAAGCCAAUGAUUUGUAUAUUGGUCAAGCCUAUGGGGAAAUUAAUGGGUUUUUGUAUAAACGCUGAAAAUAAGGUCUGCGGUAAACACAGGUUUAGGAAAUCUUAUACGUUUUGUUCUUUGAGAUAAUUAUCAUUAGCACAUUUUUAACCAUUUAUGAAAUCAAAACAAGCACAUAAAGGCUUCAUAAUUCAUAAAGGUAAUGUGAACUUACUGGUUAUUAUAUCAUAGUAUAAAAUCUACUAAACCUGUGUUAACCUUCGACCUUAUCUUCUGCGUUUAUCUGAAACCCCCAUUUAUUUCCCCUGCACCAACAAGCCAUGAGGCUAACUAACUCAUUUCCCGGAUUUUAGGACUACAAACUGGCAGGCUCUAUAGAUACAUCAGUCUUGGGGAUGAUGUAAUACUAGCUUUUGAUCUGUUAUCUUAGUAGCUAACUAGAUAGCCCGAGUGGUUGUGUUGAUGUGGUCACUUUUUAGUCAUAGAUUGAACCAGAAUCUGGUUUUACAGGAUACGUUGAAUAUCCAAGGCCAUAUUCUGGUUCAGUCAUAGAUGUGACUAGCUAGUACCCAGAAUGGCUUUGUUGAUCCACUAAAUCUAUGCCUAAAUCUAUGCCUGUUUUACCAUUAAGUUCCUGGUUUUCCAGCUUGAUUGCGCCUGCAAUUGUCCUUGUUUGUGCCUGUGUCAACUAUGGAGACAACUCAAGUGACUUUGGCAGUUAGGGGAGACACAUCCCCAGGUAAGACCAACCCCUACUGCAGGGCAGCAGACUAAUCCGAAACAAGAAGACUAUUCAAUUCAAGACAACGUUAGACCGAAAGAUUGACACCGAACCAAACAGUCAGUCAGGAAUGUCAGCUUUUAGCAAAUCUCAAUUAGCUAUCCCGGAACUAAAAUCUUGAGUUAUUUGGUCAGAUGCUCGAUUACGUAGUCUGUCCACAAGAGUUUAGCUGAAAUGCACUUCAUCAUUAGAGCCUAAUGAGAGAGUGUGUGUGUGUGUGUGCAGUUAUGGCUCAUUAAUUGAACGUAAUAAUAUGGUGUAUGACUAGGUGAGGUGAUAGCCGUGGUUGGUAGCUGUGAAGCUUUAGGAGGACUGGUGCCAUCAAAGAGCUGUGACCCUACAACUGGUUGAACACGAUGGGUAAAUAUCACUUAUCUUUUGAAUAUGCUAUGAUCUGAAUGAUUUCUGUGUGUUGAAGUAAUUCAACAUAUUGUGUAGCUCAGUUAGUAAGAGCAUGGUGCUUGCAACACCAGGGUUGUGGGUUCGAUUCCCACGGUGGACCAGUAUGGAAAGAAAGUAUGAAAAUGUGUGCGCUCACUACUGUAAGUCACUCUGGAUAAGAGCGUUUGCUAAAUUACUAACGUUUAAAUAUUAUGUACCUUCCCCAGGACAUUGUGGAAGAGGACCAUCAGUGUGCCCAGAGGUGCUGUGCCAACCUAUCGCUACUUCAAAGGCCACUUCCUGGAGUCAAAGGUGAGCUCAUAAUCUUAUGUGCUGUCAGCAUAUGAAGUAAUCAGACAUAUUAAACAAAUGACCUAUGUGAUUGUGUUUGGCCUAUUCAAAUUCUAGUACCUUAAUCCAGUUACAUAAGUAGUUGCUUUAGUGGUAAUCCAUGUUGGCCAUUGAGUGACAGUUGACAAAUGAUUGACCGUAUUGUGUUAACAGCAGGCUAGAGCUUGACUAGGUGUUGUGUUGUGCUGUUAAACCUUCCUUUUGAUGAUGGCGACGAAUGCAUGUGGUGUUAUCAACAUUUCUAUCCCCAUUUCAGUUCUGGAGGCUGCUGAUGUUUUCACAGCUAAUCUGUUGAUCUGUUUUAUGAAAUGUAAUCAAAAGUACCACCACAGAACUAAUACUAGUAUUUCACACAACCGUUUACAGGGAGUUUUAAUUUAUACACAGUUAGUCUUCUAUGGAGUCACUGUCAUGCAAGUGCGACCAAAUGAGUCUGAGGAAGUAUAUGAUUUGGGUGAACAUUAGAAAGCAUUAGAUUAGCAACGCUACAGCAGUUUUUAAGAUCAUUCAUGGGUUAUUUGGCUCACUUUCCCCACAUCUGUGUUGAUCCCCUCUAGCUCACUUCAGUUCUUCCAUAAUGCUCAGAUAGGAGAGCAGCCAUGCCUGGAGCUCUGCCAGCUGGCUAUAACUGAGCUUGGAUUUGGGCACGUGACGUGAGCCUCUUCCCCCAUGUUAUUUAAUGCUGCACUAGGCUAGACUUGGAAGUUGGAACACACACAGCAUGUUCUUCACCACUCCAAUUAUUAAUGUCAGUAUGUAACGUUCUCUAUACGUCCAACUUGGAGGUUCAAAUUACACAAUAAAAACAAAAAAGCUUUUCCUCUUACAGAGAGAAACAGCUAGAGAGUUAUAUGUUCUACAGACAGCAGCAUAUGAAGCAACACUAUCACAUCUGUGAUGCAGAGUGGAAACGAGGCAAAACAAACUCAUUUGAACUGUGCUGUCUCUGCCUGCUCUGAACCACUGCCAGAGGACAAGCAGCAUUACUAACUCGUCAAAGAGCGUACAGUCUUGACUCAUGGUUGGAACCCACACAUUCAGAUGGGCCAGCUGUAAUGACAACACAUUUUUUACGUCUCUGUGGUCAGAAACCUAAAACCAUGACCACAUUCAGUUUCGAUUGUGUUUUUACAGUUUGUCAUUUAAAGGCAUUGUUUACUUUGCACCAUUAAUGGCAGAUCUAACCAUUAAUGCCAAUACUGUAGCAGAUCAACUUUGUACAAAAAUAAAACAUUAAUCUUUCCGAGAAGAUGGCUAAAUACUUUAGUAUAGAUGAAGAGUUGACGCUCACGUUCUUCCACCUACCGACUAAUGAAUCCUUUUUCAGAUUUCAACCAAUAGUGGCUUGCUGAUUGGUGGCUACACCUUUGAGACCAAAGUGAACAUUGACUGUAUUUGAAAAGUCUUAAUGCUGUACUAAACAUUGGCAUUGCAGAGUGCAGGUGGUCCCUGUCAGGUGAUAGUCACUAAGUGGGAGACCCAUCAGCAACCACGCCUGAUGAGCCCCACAGGUAUAUACACCAGAACGAUGCCCUGCUUGGUUUGGGGAAUGUACACUAUCUAUGCUUUGCUGAGGCAAGUGGGUUGGAGGCCACAUUGUUGUAACUAGAAUGUUCUAGAGCGGAGGAAACUCUAGUGGAUGUGGCCUCUCAAACUCAGACAAAGCUCAUUCAAAAUAAGCUUAAUAGUAAACAAUUGAAUAAACCAUAGUUUUUCCCUAAAUCCUUCCACCUGACACUUUUUGGGCAAUAAUGUUUAAAACAUAAAACCUUUUUGUACUGAAGUUGGAAGUGUGGUAUGUUAUGUCACAUGCUUGAAAUGAUAGAAAUGGUUUGUUUGUAUAAAAAAAAAAGGCCUUAUGCCAGUUUAUUGUCUUGCAGAAUCACACCUUGAUAUUGACGAUGGCCAAUUUGGAUUCCACAGUAAGUCAACUAAAUAUAUCACGUCUUGAUUAAUCCAUUUUGGGAAAUUAGCAUUGAUAUGUCUUGCUAUUGUAUGGAAAAUACAUAAUAUAGAAUUGCCAUCUCCGCAUCACCCCAUUGCACAUGUUAACUACCUCAGGGUAGUCCUUUGUUAUGCACUAAGGCCCAGAAGCCGACCAGAGUUAAGCGCGUGUAAAACAUGAUUUCCUUUUUAUACGCUUUUCUCUCUAUUCGUAUUCUGACCUUGAACUUAAGCAUGAGAAUAGCAUGCUAUUCACCCACUUUGUUUGAGGUGGCGCUCAAAAAAAUGAAGGUGUGCGGAGGUGUCUAAAGAUGCGUCAUAUACUGACCCUUGACUUAAUUCUUUAAUUCCACCACCUUUACUCGCAAGGAAACCAUGAAUAAGGUAGAGCGAACCUACCAAGUGGGGAAAGCGUCUACUUAUUUAUUUUCCGAUAGAAAUAACACCAUUCAACAUGCACUGUAAAUUAGUAAUCUGUUUGGAGAAGGGGAUUGUAAAUGCACAUAGCAAUUGUUUUAGAAUAUUGUUCGAAGAUUGGUCGAAGAACAGACCACUUUCGAGACUGAAUUCCAGCCAUAUGGAUGCGAACUGAAAAUCAUAUCAACAUUACAUGUAUUGCGUGGUGAAAUAGGAUAUUAAUAGCUGUGCUGUUAUUCAGAAUUCUAGUUAUGUUCCCUUAUAAUUUGUGUGGAUACAAUUUGGAGACUCAAGUUAUAGGCUUUUUUUGUAGGGCUGAACCUGCCGAGUUGAUGUAUGCACUCUAGAAUGUUUUGAUUAUAUGCCCGGGCUGUUUUAUUUUACAAUUUGUAUCACUAUCUGGUGCCACCGUCAGUAAUACCCACAUACAUUUGUGUUUUUGCAUCAUUCAAUUCCGUUGACCUUUUUAUUUCCUCUGUCACUUCCUUGUAAAUUGUUCCUGAGGGUCACUAGUAUUAGUGGAUCAUAUUAGGCUAACGUUGUGCAAUAAUUUAGGACAUGUAGCCUAUUUGAAUCAUUAUGGAACUCAGACCACACGUAGCAAGUUAAACCUGGAUCCUGGCGCACGGUUCACGGAGUGUUUGAACGGACUGGACCUCUGUCAUACAGGUCCAUGAUUAGAGAGAAUUAGGGUAGAUUUAUAGGAUUAUUGUUCAACCCCUAUUAUAUACUUUUUCCACCUUCCAAUAUUUAAUGGAUUGAACUUGAAUAGGACAACUUUCAGGAUGAAUCAAACCACUGUUUUUUUUUUCUCAUCAAAAUACAGUAUUACGUGCGUAACGGUUUGGAUAACUUAUUUUUAUGAUUCAUACAUGCGCUCCUAACCCAAAAAUGUGCAUAAAUAAUCUACAAAAUCAGUGGAUUUCCACAACAACAAAAACAUCUACCAGUUGGUGCUGAAAUGGAGAUGAAUAUGCAUUAUGGAUUUCUUUCAUUAAUCCCAAUAUUCUGAACCCGUUCUCUCGACGUUUUCUAUUGAGUGUGAUGACAAAAUUCUAAAUUAAAGGUGCACCGUAUUUAAAGGGAUGGCUUAAGAUAAAUGUACUGAAAACCCCAUUGAAUGAAAACUCCAUGAGAAUCUGUUGGCCUGCAAGUGGGAGGGUUUUCAGCGGUUGAAUGAAAUGUAUUCAGAGUGCGCAAGGUAGCCACACCUGCGGAGCGUGUUAUGUGACUAAAUAAGGUAAGUCUGAAUACCAAAUACUGAGAAGUGCGUAGGAAAGUCAUAAAUUCCUAUGUCGGGAUCGGGCCCUAUUACAAGAUGAAGAUUAACUAAUGGCUCAUAAACUGCUAAUCACUAAGUACUUAAAGCACAUACUGUAGGAGCCUAUACUAAGUACCUGAUGUAUGAGUCAAUCCUCUGGUGGAACUUAACUCUCAACAGAUUACAUGUAAAACACUUCCCCAUUAGACUGCUAAGAUUUGAGGUUAGUUAUCUGGUAGUAGAACAUACUGACUGACAUGAAUUUGACUGAGUCUCACCAUCCUACAGUUGACUCAGUGUGUUUGAACAAUUACUUUUAUUCCCAUAGCUCUUUUCUUAAACUCAAAGUGCUUUGCAUUGUUUGCGGAUAGCUAACCUCAUCCACCACCAAUCUGUACUGUUACUCACCUUGGUGAUACAACGGCAGCCAUUUUGUGCCAGAAUGCUUACCACAUGUUUCCCUGCAACUCCUCUUUGCAGACGGCUCAGAGUGUAUGGACUCUGGGUGGCUGACGUGCCAGACAGAGAUCCGUCUACGUCUGCACUUCUCUAAGACGUCUCCCGUAUCCAUCACCAAGAAGAAAUACAAGAAGUCUCGCUUCAGGUGAGAGCAAGAGACGUGGCUCCUAUUCAACACAGUUUGCUGCCUGAGAGAUAUCAAACAGGCUGUGGCUUGGGUCAGAGGGAAUCUGUGGGGACAGAAUUUCUGUAAAUGCCCAUAGAAUUGAUCCCAAAAUAACUUAUGGAAUCAAACCAAAUAUUGCUCUUAAGAUAAAUAGCUACAGCUUUAUGGAUGAAAUAUGCUGCUGUAAAAACACUAGUCUUAUCUGGUCAUUGUCAUGACUUACUAGUUAGGCUUUUUCAGGUCCUCUCCCCCUUUUGACCUCUCUUGACCUGUGUGACCUUUCCCCUCUGACCCCAGGAUCAAGCUGACGCUUGAGGGUGUAGAGGAGGAGGAGGAUGACGAUGAAGAGCCAGAGCAGAGUGCAGCGUCGCGGCACAAGAUGACCACCACGCUGGAGAUCAGUAUGAUCAGUGGAGAUGGGUACAAGUCCCGCCACUCCCAGCCUGAGUGUGGCUACGCCCUGGAGGCCUCACAGUGGACCGAGUACAUCAUCCACACCAUGGAUCCCGACAACCUGGAACUCACCUUCGACUUCUUUGAGGUACAGUUCACAGCAGGAUCAAUAUAUUCGGCAGUUGAUUAUUAUGAACACUAUGGAAACAACUGCUUCGUGUUGUAAUGUUUACAUACUGUUUAUAUAUAUAUAUAUAUAUAUAUAUAUAUAUAUAUAUAUAUAUAUAUAUAUAUAUAUAUAUAUAUAUAUAUAUAUAUAUAUAUAUAUAUAUAUAUAUAUAUAUUUGGGCUGACCCCAAUUAGUCGAUUGUUUGGUCGACCGAGAUUGUAUAACAUUUUUUGUUGAGCAGUAGCAUUUACAGUACCGUGAAAGUAUUUGCCACCUUUCUGAUUUUCUCUAUUUUUGAUGCUGAAUGUUAUCAGAUCUCAACCAAAACCUAAUAUUAGAUAAAGGGAACCAGAGUUUACAAAUAACAUUUAAAAAAUGUAGAUCUAUCGCUCGUUCUGAUGUUUCUUUAUUGAUUUAUUUUGACUUUUUGGAUUAUGUGUAGGUAUUAUUAUUACUGCACUGUUGGAGCUCGAAACACAAGUAUUUCGUUGCACCUGCGAUAAUAUUUGCAAAUCUGUGUAAACAACCAAUAUGUUUUGAUUUGUAGGUGUACUCCCAAACCACUAUUGUACCAAAAAGUGAGUGUCAGGCCCUGGAUGUGUACAAUAGUGAGUUUAUUAACCCUUUCCUCCCCUCUACAGGAGGAUAUGGGUGAGCAUGUGAUGCCAGGGGAUGCCCACCCGGGGACGGUGGGUACGGCCUGCCUCCUCUCCUCAUUCUUCGUGGAGAGUGGCAAGGACACAGGUGUGGUCACUCUGCCCAUCAUGAAACGCAACUCCAGACAGACCCUGGGCAAAGUCAGAGGUGAGCAACCCUACCCCCUCCGGCAACAAGUAGUCUGGUAAAAGCAUAGAAAAUAAUUUCAAUUAAGUUGCUUGAGAUCCACCCAUGUAACUCUAACUUCUUUGUAAAUCAGGUAUUGAUAUCAAUGGGGGAUUUCCACAAAACUUGGUUAGGAUACGGGACUUAUUGAACUUCUAUAUUUCCCUAAGAGUGACUGAUUAUGUUUAGUACAUCCUCUAGCACUAAGAUGCAGCCUGUAUUGGCUGACAGGUCUUUGAAUUUUUACCAGAAGUGGAACUAGAGUACUGGAAGUCAGCACAUAUAGUUCCUCCAGCAGACGAUUUUCCGAUGUGAACAAUCAACUUUCCCCUUAGCAUGUAACUGUCAAACAGCAUGGGAAAACGGUCAAAACAGGAACUAGAAUAUAAAUAAAGGGUUGGCUGACUUGGGGCCAGAGUGUUAGCUAAGAUGUUUCCCUGGUAAAAAAAAUAAAAAGCUUAGAUUAAAGUAAAUGAGUACAAUUCACCUUUUUUAAAACAAUGUAUUUUUCUAUUCCAGUGGACUACCUGGUGAUCCGUCCUAUCGAGGGACUACAGUGUGACAUGAGCUCCUCCUUCACCAAGUACUGGAGGAAGAGGAGUGUACCCCUGGACGUAGGCCACAGGGGGGCCGGCAGCACACACGCAGCCAAGUGAGACACACACACACACACACACACACAAGCAUUACAUAAUAGAUUAUUAGGUGUGGAUGUACCUAAGAGGAAUUCUUAAAUGGUCUUUGUGCGUGUGUUGAAGCAGGACUCUAGGAAGGGCCAAGUUCCUAAGAACACAAAGACCCUUUCAUACUUAGUUUAUUGAAUGUUUGAAUGGAAUUGUUCUGUCCGGUAUGGCUUCAAAGUUGCAGUGAAGGUUAGGACAUCAACAGAGGAAGUCAACGAACAACAAAGACGUUCUUUCCGUUUUUAUGUCACUGUACUGGGAAAAAGGUGCCUCUGAAUCUCAUCCAGGAGUUGUGUUGUUAGCGUGCAGGUCAUUAACUAGUAGUCUGACCAUACACUUCAUAUUCAACAAAAUUAAAUUUGUAUCUGUGUUAUACUGUACAUUGUGAUUUGUAUGUCUUUGGUUUUGGCCUAAACAUUUCUGGUUUUGUUUGUCAGACAUACUAAAGUCAGGGAGAACACCAUUGCUUCGUUCAAAAGUGCUGCCAAUCAUGUGAGUAUUCCCACAUGGAGGAAAAAGAAACUGAAAAAGAAACCCAUUUUCCUCUUGACCCUCUAAAUGUCUCUAAUCUGUUGUCGCAUCAGAGUUGACUGCAUGUGUGUUGUAUGUUUCUGCAGGGGGCUGCCUAUGUGGAGUUUGACGUCCAUCUCUCCAAGGACUGUGUCCCCAUUGUGUACCACGAUCUCACCUGUUGCAUCUCCACUAAGAAGGUAAACCUCAACGACAACAGAACAAAUCCAGUUUGUUUUCUGUUUCAACAAUACCAUUUGAUGCACCCUGUACAGCAGGGUUUCCCAAACUCUGUCCUGCCCCCUCCCCCCCCGGUGCACGUUUUGGUUUUUGCCCUAGCACUACACAGCUCAUUCAAAUAACUAACUCAUUAUUCGAGCUUUGAUUAUUUUAUAUUUUGUUGUACUUAAAAAAAAAUACUGCAUCCUUGCUUUUCUUUUUCCUCUCUUCCACCUGUCAGAAAGGAGACAAGCACUCUCUGGAGCUGUUUGAAGUUCCUGUCAAAGAUCUCACAUACGACCAGCUACAACAGCUCAAGGUAAAAGCUCUGCUGGCUUCUCCUUUACUAGUGAAUAUGCUCAGAAUCCAGUUGUUGAACUAUGUUAAUAUGAAGAGUCCUUUGAAGACAGUAUGUGGAUGUCUUGAUUUGGUUUUAGUCUUAUGUAGGCUAUGGUUUGUCACUAUUUAGGAAUAGGCCAUGGUGUGAAAGAUGACUUGGUUUUGUGUUUGCUCCACAGCUGGGUCAUGCUUCAGCCUUGAAGGUGAACGACCACAAAGGUAUAGUAUAUUUUCUUCCAUUUCAUUCACUGCAAUACCCACCACAUAUAUUAUUUAUCGUUAUUGCAAACAGUGCUCUUGUCCUCCUACUUGUGCAAAGCCAUAGUUUUCAAAGUUUAAUUGGCAAUAAUUCCAAUUGGUAUUGUGAAGAACAAACCUAUGUCCUCUGCUUGCAUCAUUGUUUAAAGCAGUUGAACGUGAACCAACCCAGCAGGUGCUUUGUAUUGGCUUAUGUGUGUGAUGGCUUUGUUUCUUAGAUGACGACGAUGAGGAAGAGGUUGACGAGCAUCAACCCUUCCCUUCAUUCUCACAGGUAAAUACCCUCCUAGUCGGCGUCACUGCUUUCGAGGUUACCAAAAGUGUGAACUAACCUAGCCCACCCUUGAGGUUCUGUGUCCAAUUAUAACUGCUUCCCUAUUUCAUGUCAUGUUCCAGAUCUUCCAUGCAGUGCCUGAAAAUGUGGGGUUCAACAUCGAACUGAAGUGGAUUUGUCAGAUGAAGGUAUGUACAGCCAGUCAGUGAUACUGGUAAUGAGAAGAUGAAGUCAUUAGAUGGCCAUUCUAGAAAGUGCAAAAGUAACUGUAUUGUCUGAACCGACCUAUGACCUAUUUCAGUACCUCCUGGAUUUCACAGGGAAUUUGUGAUAUUUGCAGACAAAAUUGCUUGAUUUUGCUGCAGCAAUUCUGACAUUUUUACAAGGCAAUAUGCGAUGACUUUGACAAAUUUGUCUAAACGAAUUGCGAUCUCAGACUGCUAUUUGUUCUUUUAGGGUAGGGGCCUUGUGGUUCAAGUCAAACAGGAAAGCUUUGUAAUCUGUCAUUCCUAACAUGAUCAGAUGGUAACAACCCUUCUCACAUUGGAAUGUUGUGGUAUUGUCUUCAACAGGAUGGUUCGUGGGAAGGAAACCUGUCUUCCUACUUCAACAUGAACCUGUUCCUGGACAUCAUACUGAGCUGUGCGCUGCAGAGAGCCGGCAAGAGACGCAUCGUCUUCUCCUGCUUCGACCCUGACGUCUGCACCAUGUAAGCACUACUAGGGGCGUCGGACUUUCAGCCUGCUGCACAGUCACUAUGGAAGCUCUAGUCUUGAAUGCCCGGUUAAAUUGUCAUUGAGAUAAAAGGUUAAUCUAAAUGGUUAAAGUAGUGAGAGUGGGCAACAUACAGGUAAAUUCCAAAAUAAAAGGGAACACCAACAGUGUCUUAAUAGGGUGUUUGGCAACCCAUCACAACAGCUUCAAUGCGCAUUGGCAUAGAUUCUACAAGUGUCUGCAGGGCUCCACUGGUGCCACUGACUUUCAGUUGGUGGCACCCCCCAAUUUUUUUUGUUAAAGUAAUUCACAAUGCUUUAUUAACAAGUGUAAUAGACUACUGAGAUGGUAUUCAGUAAGUAAGUUGUUACAUCGAACAUGUCCAAGCAGGAAUGCAUGAUUCAAAAUAUUUUUUUGUAUUUUGACGGCAAGGCCAUUAAUUUUUUUUUAUUUUACUGUCAAAAUAGGGCUCAAAUAAAGAAAGUGGAGACCCUCUAUACGGAAAACUAGUUGCUGCCAAAGGGCGGGGGGGGUUGGAAGAGGCUCACUUUUUUAUUACAGGAAUCAUGAGGAUAAUGCACUUUACUGUUUAACAAAUUCAUGGUUGCAAAAAAUAGGACGUCUUGAUUCAGGAAUCCAGGUAGAAUGUGCAGUUAGAAACUAAAAUGGCAUGGAAAAUUUGCGGAGCUCUCUGUAUAAAAGUCGCAGGCUGGCACUAUUGAUUACAGUUAGAACAAGCUAAUCAAUUUUAGCUCGAGUGGACGCUUGUAAAAUGUUUCUGCGUGUGCAGUUUAGGGUACUAAUUUAGCAAAAUACAAGUUACCUGAACACGUGUGAUACUCUACACGUGUGUUUUUAUGUUUAGGUCUUAAAUAUAACUAACUCUUUCAGCAUAUUGUUUUGACACUGGGCAAAAAUCCAAGACAACCGGAAGCAGCAACAGUAUCAUUUUCAACUUGUUUUAGGAAUAUAAAUAGUACUUAAACAAAAUAAAUUUAACAGGAUUGUACUUCAUCAGGUAAAUUACUGAAUGAGACCAAAAACUUGCUAUGAUUUAUUGAUUUCGAUUUAUAUUCUAGAACAAAUACAUUUACCUAACACUACCUUCGUUAUCCAACAGUCAUUGGUGAGACUGAAGACUGUGUUAGCCUGCUGAACUGAAGCCUAGUUUGCACAGUUGUACAGUGGCUUGCAAAAGUAUUCACCCCCGUUGGCAUUUUUCAUAUUCUGUUGCCUUACAACCUGGAAUUAAAAUUGAUUUUUGGGGGGUUUGUAUCAUUUUGAUUUACACAACAUGCCUACCACUUUGAAGAUGCAAUGUGAAACAAACAAGAAAUAAGACAAACAGAACUUGAGCUCUACAAAGUCAAUACUUUGUAGAGCCACCAUUUGCAGCAAUUACAGCUGCAAGUCUCUUGGUAUGUCUCCUAUAAGCUUGGCACAUCUAGCCACUGGAAUUUUUGCCCAUUCUUCAAGGCAAAACUGCUCCAGCUCCUUCAAGUUGGAUGGGUUCCACUGGUGUACAGCAAUCUUUAAGUCAUACCACAGAUUCUCAAUUGGAUUGAGGUCUGGCCUUUGACUAGGCCAUUCCAAGACAUUUAAAUGUUUCAUUGGGUCAUUGUCCUGCUGGAAGGUGAACCUCCAUCCCAGUCUCAAAUCUCUGGAAGACUGAAACAGGUUUCCCUCAAGAAUUUCCCUGUAUUUAGCGCCAUCUAUCAUUCCUUCAAUUCUGACCAGUUUCCCAGUCCCUGCCAAUGAAAAACAUCCCCACAGCACGAUGCUGCCACCACCAUGCUUCACUGUGGGGAUGGUGUUUUUGGGGUGAUGAGAGGUGUUAGGUUUGCGCCAGACAUAGCGUUUUCCUUGAUGGCCAAAAAGCUCAGUUUUAGUCUCAUCUGACCAGAGUACCUUCUUCCAUAUGUUUGGGGAGUCUCCCACAUGCCUUUUGGCGAACACCAAACGUGUUUGCUUAUUUUUUUCUUUAAGCAAUGGCUUUUUUUCUGGCCACUCUUCCGUAAAGCCCAGCUCUGUGGAGUGUAUGGCUUAAAGUGGUCCUAUGGACAGAUACUCCAAUCUCUGCUGUGGAGCUUUGCAGCUCCUUCAGGGUUAUCUUUGGUCUCUGUUGCCUCUGAUUAAUGCCCUCCUUGCCUGGUCUGUGAGUUUUGGUGGGUGGCCCUCUCUUGGCAGGUUUGUUGUGGUGCCAUAUUCUUUCCAUUUUUUAAAUAAUGGAUUUAAUGGUGCUCCGUGGGAUGUUCAAAGUUUCUGAUUUUUUUUUUUAUAAUCCAACCCUGAUCUGUACUUUUACAUUUACAUCAUUUAGCAGACGCUCUUAUCCAGAGCGACUUACAAAUUGGUGCAUUCAACUUAUGAUAGCCAGUGGGACAACCACCUUUUUUUUUACUUCUCUACAACUUUGUCCCUGACCUGUUUGGAGAGCUCCUUGGUCUUCAUGGAGCCGCUUGCUUGGUGGUGCCCCUUGCUUAGUGGUGUUGCAGACUCUGGGGCCUUUCAGAACGUGUGUGUGUAUAUAUAUAUAUAUUACACAUACAUACAGUGGGGAAAAAAGUUUUUAGUCAGCCACCAUGUGCAAGUUCUCCCACUUAAAAAGAUGAGAGAGGCCUGUAAUUUUCAUCAUAGGUACACGUCAACUAUGACAGACAAAAUGAGAAAUUUUUCCAGAAAAUCACAUUGUAGGAUUUUUAAUGAAUUUAUUUGCAAAUUAUGGUGGAAAAUAAGUAUUUGGUCAAUAACAAAAGUUUCUCAAUACUUUGUUAUAUACCCUUUGACACAAGUCAAACGUUUUCUGUAAGUCUUCACAAGGUUUUCACACACUGUUGCUGGUAUUUUGGCCCAUUCCUCCAUGCAGAUCUCCUCUAGAGCAGUGAUGUUUUGGGGCUGUCGCUGGGCAACACGGACUUUCAACUCCCUCCAAAGACCUUGAAAUGCUUCUUACGAAGCCACUCCUUCGUUGCCCGGGCGGUGUGUUUGGGAUCAUUGUCAUGCUGAAAGACCCAGCCACGUUUCAUCUUCAAUGCCCUUGCUGAUGGAAGGAGGUUUUCACUCAAAAUCUCACGAUACAUGGCCCCUUUCUUUCCUUUACACGGAUCAGUCGUCCUGGUCCCUUUGCAGAAAAACUUUCCCCAAAGCAUGAUGUUUCCACCCCCAUGCUUCACAGUAGGUAUGGUGUUCUUUGGAUGCAACUCAGCAUUCUUUGUCCUCCAAACACAACGAGUUGAGUUUUUACCAGAAAGUUCUAUUUUUGUGUCAUCUGACCAUAUGACAUUCUCCCAAUCCUCUUCUGGAUCAUCCAAAUGCACUCUAGCAAACUUCAGACGGGCCUGGACAUGUACUGGCUUAAGCAGGGGGACACGUCUGGUACUGCAGGAUUUGAGUCCCUGGCGGCGUAGUGUGUUACUGAUGGUAGGCUUUGUUACUUUGGUCCCAGCUCUCUGCAGAUCAUUCACUAGGUCCCCCCGUGUGGUUCUGGGAUUUUUGCUCACCGUUCUUGUGAUCAUUUUGACCCCACGGGGUGAGCUCUUGCGUGGAGCCCCAGAUCGAGGGAGAUUAUCAGUGGUCUUGUAUGUCUUCCAUUUCCUAAUAAUUGCUCCCACAGUUGAUUUCUUCAAACCAAGCUGCUUACCUAUUGCAGAUUCAGUCUUCCCAGCCUGGUGCAGGUCUACAAUUUUGUUUCUGGUGUCCUUUGACAGCUCUUUGGUCUUGGCCAUAGUGGAGUUUGGAGUGUGACUGUUUGAGGUUGUGGACAGGUGUCUUUUAUAUACUGAUAAGUUCAAACAGGUGCCAUUAAUACAGGUAACGAGUGGAGGACAGAGGAGCCUCUUAAAGAAGAAGUUACAGGUCUGUGAGAGCCAGACAUCUUGCUUGUUUGUAGGUGACCAAAUACUUAUUUUCCACCAUCAUUUGCAAAUCAAUUCAUUAAAAAUCCUACAAUGUGAUUUUCUUGGUUUUUUUUUUCUCAAUUUGUCUGUCAUAGUUGACGUGUACCUAUGAUGAACAUUACAGGCCUCUCUCAUCUUUAAGUGGGAGAACUUGCACAAUUGGUGGCUGACUAAAUACUUUUUUCCCCCACUGUAUAUAUUACACACACACACAUUAUGUGACUUCUGAAGGUAACUGGUUGCACCAGAUCUUAUUUAGGGGCUUCAUUGCAAAUGGGGUGAAUACAUACACGCACCACUUUUCCGUUGUUGUUUUUUUGAAACGAGUACUUUUUUUCAUUUCACUUCACCAAUUUGCAAUAAUUUGUGUGUCCAUUUCAUGAAAUACAAAUCCAUUUUAAAUUACAGGUUGUAAUGCAACAAAAUAGGAAAAACGCCAAGAGGGAUGAAUACUUUUGCAAGGCACUGUAAUUUGAAUGUUUGACUGCCUAUGACGAAUGUGUAGCUGUUUUAUGAAUGCAUAUAUAAGGGGGGUGCUGCAGUGAAGCGUAAGUGUAACCAUAAAUGUUGUAUUCUCCCCUAGGGUUCGUCAGAAGCAGAACAAGUACCCUAUCCUGUUCCUGACCCAAGGAAUCUCUGAGACCUAUCCUGAGCUCAUGGACAUCCGCUGUCAGACCACACAGAUCGCCAUGAGCUUCGCACAGAGCGAAAACAUCCUGGUGAGUAGUGGAACUGGGAAAUAGCUUUCGAUUGUUAAUUGGCUAAGUCUCUGUGCUAAUGUAGGUGAUCAGUGAAGGGGAUCAGUCGAUACUCUGACGUCUGUCUGUCUGUCUGUCUAGGGUAUCAGUGCCCACACAGAGGAGCUGCUUCAGAACCUGGAACACAUCCGAGAGGCCCAGUCUAAAGGCCUGGUGGUGUUCUGCUGGGGAGACCUCAACAACUACCACGACAACAGGACCACACUACGGGAGCAGGGCAUCGACGGACUCAUCUAUGACAGGUAAACAUCAGGCUGAACAGGUCAAUCCGUUUGGCUCAUAUAGGGGCGGUUUCCCGGACACAGAUUAAGUCUACUCCUAGAAUAAAAAGCACUUUCAAUAGAGAUUUGCUCUUGUUUUUUUAAGUCCAGGACUAGGUUUUAAUGGAAACCAGCCCAUUCUGUAUAACAACAGUAGCAGCAAUCUAUUCAAAAGGUAAUUUUAGCCUAUUGUGUUAUCAAACAUCUUGAUCCAUAUGCUGUUUUUAGUUCCUAAGAGGCCUAGCCAAAGGUUAGCUGUAAUAACAUGUUUUGUUUGGACUCAACAGUUUCAGUCCCUCAGGCAGGUACACCCUGUUCUCAUGUAGUAGUUAUUUACAUUUUUGUCAUUUAGCAGACGCUCUUAUCCAGAGUGACUUACAGUAGUGAGUGCAUACAUUUUCGUGCUGGUCCCCUGUGGGAAUCGAACCCCCAACCCUGGCGUUGCAAGCCCCAUGCUCUACCAACUGAGCCACACAGGACAUGUACACAAGUGUCUUUGUGAGCACCUUUUUGAGUUCUGUUUAUUCUUAUCACACCUAUCAACAGCCUGUAAAUUACGCUGUCUCUCAUACUGUUGCUCAAAGUUCUUGAUUGGACAUCUGUCAGCAUUGUUUUAUUACUCACAAUCUCACUGACACACACACACAUCAGCGCUUCAGUCAGUGUAGCUUAAACACAAUCAAUCAAUGUAUCAUCAUAUGAGGUUACAUAACCUAAAACCAAACAGUAGGCUAUUAUUGAAUUACUUGGAGUUCAGCCACUGUAGCUAAUGAAAGUAAUAGUUGUUUAAUUAGGAACUAUGAAAUCAGAAGAAAAUAAAUUAGUUUGUUACAUUCUGUAAAGUAGAGAUUGCUGGGUCAGAGAGGGGCUUCAUUCAAUGAACGGACAUGUCAUGUGACCUGACCUCAGAAAGAACUGGUUUUCUACUGCCUCAGCACUAUCUUUUACGGAAAUGACACACAGUUGAACUAUGGCCUACAUGUUUGGAUUAAACCAUUCAGUGCAUUCCUGGUUUUCGGAGGUCAGUAUUUCUUCCAGCUGUAUCUAUUGGAAUAGAACCUGCGGCAGUAGUUCUGUCUUGACUUUAUCUUUGGCUCCUAUAACAGAUGUUUGUUUUGUCCGCCUUUCUCCUCUUUUGUGCUCCUUUCUGUCUUUCUCUACAGGAUCUGUGACGACCAGGUUGACCAGCCCGACAUCUUCAAAGUAGAGGCGCAGCACACGCUGCAGGAGACUCUCAAGAGCUUUGUGUGCUCCUGCUACUCCAUCCCCUGCCAGGCGCCUGUCUGCGCCUCCUCCACCUCCUCCAAGGUGCACAGUACAGAGUCCGACUCAGGCCUCAGCUCCUCCUGAACAACUAUCUGCCUCCGAAGGUUGUCUCUAGAUAGACAUGCUAGAGAGGACAGACUGGGAGGGUAGUCACUAGAUAGACAUGCUAGAGAGGACCGACGCGGCAAUGAAUAUAGGCAGACUUGAUGAGCAAGUGUACACUAUUAGUUUUUUAUUUAUUUAGUGUGAGUUACAUAGGAGCUACACUAGAUGCCAUGAAAACAGUCCCAUUUUUUAUUUUUUUUUACCUGCUACACUGGAAGAGUAACUUUUUUUUUUUUGCCAACGUGAGCCACUUUAUCCAAUUGCAGCUCACACUGGAGAACAAUCUUGAAAAUGGAACCAAGCCUCACACAUAACUGCUGCGCUUACGCCUGGUUUCAUUUAAAUUAAUAGAAGCGUAACACGCUCUGCGAACAUUACUCGUCCGGUGUUGCUCCUACGUUAGGGAUUAGGUUUUGUGAUUGGAAACACAUUGGUGAUUUAAAAAGUUAUUCUGUCCUUUCUAGCAUGGCCAGAUAGUGACAACCCUUCCUGAACUGAUGUCCACUGAAGCAAUACACAAGCUGUGUCCAGAUGUGUGUUCUUGCAGCUGUUUGUUUAAACUGUAAGGAGGAGGGUGUUUUGCCAAACGAGGCAUCUGGUAUUUGUUAUUAGGACUUCAGUUGAAUUGACUGGGAUAUGCACCUCAGUCACAAUUAUAGAGGAAUUCACAUUCAUAUGUCUUCACUUAGAAAUGAAUGCAUACUCAAGGAAUUUAUUUUGAGGUUUCUAUUUUAUUAUGCUGAUUUGCUAAAUACAAAUCAGAGUUAAACUAUACUGUAUAUUAGCUUUUCCAGAUGUAGCUUUUCUUAUUGGUGGUAACUGUGUACACGUAUUACAGUUCAUGACUGAUAACAGCCCACAGUUUGCCUUCAGCUUGACUUCAGCUUGCUGGUUUAAUGUAAGUAUAUGUAGUUUUAUGUGGCUAAUGAUUUGCAACACUAGAUUCUUUCAUUUUUGCAUCUGCAUUAUGGUUGUCCGCAUAUGAAAUAAGCCAGCAUUUGACAAUAGCAGUGUUA